UAUAAAUAAAGUUAAUUCAGGAGCAGCAGCAGGUUCUGGUUCUGGAGGAAGGUUCUGCAGAACCGGGUUGUUUCGGUUCUGCUUCCUCUGAUUAUUACAACUACCUGAAAAUAUACACAGGAGAGUUUCUGUGUCGUCAUCGAGCGUCGUCAUCGGUCCCUCAGCGCUGAGAUGAGCAGUUCAUCUCAGAGGAAACGGGUGUCCACCGGGAGUCCUGCGGGUUCCAGUCCCGGCACCAAGACCAGCAGAGCGGCUAACGCUAGGACCAGCAGAGCGGCUAACGCUAGGACCAGCAGAGCGGCUAACGCUAGGACCAGUAGAGCAGCUUAUGUUAGAACCACAGUGGCUAAUGCUAGGACCACCGCGGCUAGCAGGAGGGCUAGGUCCGCCGGAGACCCCGCCCCCCCGACAGAAACCAUCGACGUGAUGGACAACGCUGACGACGGUGUGGAGGAGGUGGUGGAUUUGACCCGGGAGGGAACAGAAGCUGCUGUGGUCGACCUGACGACCAUCAACGACUCGGUUCUGCUGCUGGACGGAGGUUCUACAGGUUCUCCAGGUUCUGGUCUCCCCCCAGAGACCUACGUGGUGAGUGAGGACGAGGACGCCCCCCCCACGGUCCUGGACCCCCCCACACCCAGGAAUCCGGACGUCGUUAUCUGCCCCAUCUGUCUGGACCUUCGCUCUGAGAUCCUCAGCAGUGGCCGGCUCGUCAUCUCCACCAAGUGCGGUCACGUUUUCUGCAGCCGGUGUCUCCGGAAGGCUCUGAGAAUCUCCCACACCUGUCCCACCUGCCGGCAGAGAGUGACCAAACGCCAGUACCAUCCGAUCUACAUCUGAUACACGGAUCAAUACCAUCCGAUCUACAUCUGAUACACGGAUCAAUACCACCCACUAUACAUCUGAUAAACUGAUACAUCUGAUAAACUACCACCCCAUUUACAUGUGAGAAACGGAUAAAUCCGACACGUGGACCUUUCUGGAGAUCGUUUGUUGUUUUUCGUUGAGACAGAACUUGACUUGAUGGUUUGAUUCUUAUUUUAUUUUAUAUUUUUCGAUUUAAUUUGUUCAGUUAAAAUAAACGCUCUGACCAGAGAA